AUGGACGACUGCUCAAGUAUCAGCUGCGCUUACUCGGAACGCUCGCUCCAGGUCGUCGCCCCCGCAAUCUGCACAGCUCGCUAUUCGCGGCAGCACGUCCCAGACUCGUGUGCGCUUCUUGUCGCGCCCGGCCCCCCAGGCAGUCGAGGGCAGUUGAGGGCAGUCGAGGCUAUUUUCGUUCGUUUGCUGCUACGCCUUGUCCACACCUCGCCCACCAAUCCUCCCUACCGAGGUGGUGUGCCGCAAACGGCCAACAACGGACUUGUUGGCCAGUCAAACUUUGGUCCCGAUGGAGUGGCAAGCGUGGUAUCCAUUUUUUUGACGGGUUUGGUUUGCCUGGUCGGCAUUGUGACGGCCCUGGAGCAACAAAAAGCGAGCCAUCGUGCCAAGUGGCGUGCAUCAAAUAUCGAGGACAAUGGGAAGAAGAAGAAGAGAGAGAGAGAGAGAGAGAGAGAGAGAGAAAGUCGCAAGUCGCCUUAG